GCAGCAGAAGUGUUCGCAGAGUGAAGAACAUGGAGAAAUAAAGCAAAGAGAGUUAAACAAAAACUCUAGAAAUUAUUUUCAUACGCAGAAGUUGAUCUUCAGCGAAUGUUGUUUUUGUGUGAAAAACAAAGUAAAGUAGAAAAAAAAAACAAAAAUAAGUGUACAAUCCAGUUAAAGAAAAAGACAUUUUUCGAAAGUGUAACAAAAAAAAUAUAUUUAUAUAAAAUUACUUCCUUCGAAUAUAACAAACAAAAAACACAAAUACUUCGGAAAACAUGGCCGUCACACAUCAAGCACACACCUUCAUAGACACAACAAAAUACAAGAGCUGUCCGCUCAAGAAGCGUCCCAUCAUCUACGAGACCAAACCCGAAACCAGUGCGCCAACGAUUGUUCCUUCCCAAUUUUACGAUGCACCGGUGGCGCACAUAAAGCAGGAACCGCUGGAACCUGAGCUGCUGCAUCAUGGCGAACAUCCGCAAGAUCUCUCGUUGAAGCGUAAAUCCAGCAGCAUUAAUUUUGAGGAGUACAUAUUCCCUGUCAAGCGGGAGUGCGCGCUAGAUCUCUCGAAGGAGAGCUCCAGGUCGAGCAUAACGACGCACUUGCCUUCACCAUCCAAUCAGUAUCGUCUCGUAUCGCCUGCCAAUUCUAUCACUCCACUCUACGCUGAUUUGGCUAUGAAUCUUGGCAUGCUCACGCCCUGCACGAACGCCGACUGUGAAUCAGACUAUACUCACCAUCAGCAGCAGCAGCAGAUGCCAGAGGAUAUACAUUUGCGUGGCUUAACAGCCGAAACCUGCAGUUACACCACAGCAGCCACCAACUACAAAGCUGCGUUUGCGCAGGCCGCAGGCGUUACACCAGUGACGGCGCUAUGGAAUUCCUACCUGCCUAAUGUGGGUAAUCUUCACUCGAUUUUUCCAUCACCAGCCUUAUCGAUUGCCAGCUCACCGCGUUCGGUAAACAGUUAUCAGCAAAUGACGCCACCAUCCAGUCCGAAUUCGGGGGAUGACAAUAGUGCAGUGCCCGAGGAUCUCAGCGUGCGUAGUGACAUACCAGUGCCAGUGAUCCAUCAUGCGAAUGCCAAGUUGCUACAGGAUUCAUUGCAUAGCAGUGAUAGUGAGUGCUACAACAACAACAACAACAAUAACAGUAUGUCCCACAAACAUGGCCAUUACCGUUUCAAAUGCGAUAAGUGCAACAAAAUGUAUUCCACUUCGAUUGGUUUGUCAAAGCAUCAGCAAUUCCAUUGCCCGGCUGCCGAGUGCAAUCAGCAAAAGAAGCAACAUUCGUGUCAGGAUUGUGGCAAGCUCUACACUACCAUUGGCGCACUAAAGAUGCACAUACGCACCCAUACACUGCCCUGCAAAUGUCCCAUUUGCUUCAAGGCGUUCUCGCGCCCUUGGCUGCUGCAAGGCCACAUACGCACGCACACCGGCGAGAAACCAUUCCAAUGCAACGACUGCCCGCGCUCCUUUGCCGAUCGCUCCAACUUGCGCGCCCACCAGCAGACGCAUGUCGAGGUGAAGAAGUACGCCUGCAAGGCUUGCGGCAAAUCCUUUUCGCGCAUGUCGCUGCUCAACAAACACAUCUCCACAAAUUGCACCAGCACAACUACACAGAUAAGCGUGCAUGUAGAGGGGAAGUGGCAAGUUGACUAAAGUCGCGAAGUCGUGAUUGCUGACAUGAAAGACAAUAAACGCCUUGGAAAGCUGGAACUGCGAAAAAGUGCUGGUAACGAAGUGGAAAGGCUGAUCAGUCCAUUUUGGCGUGCCGUUUUACUCAAAACUCAUUCGCUCGAUUCUCAUUUGUCUAAUUUAAUUUAUUUUAAUUUAAUUUAGUAUAAGUUUUAAUAAUUUAGCAAAUUACUACUGAAUGGCGUUCAUAGUUUUUAAGUUCUAGACGAGGAAUUUAUUACACGAAUCUAUUAAUUUUAGUUAAGUAUUUAACUUUUUAUUGUUUUUUACAUUUAUAAUUUUUUACAUUUUUAUUUCUAUGUUUUUGUUUUCAAAUGUAUGUAUAUUUGAUUAUGUACUGCAUUACACAUACAGCAGCACCAAAUUUACUCAAGGGAAUAACAAAGUUUGGCAUUCAACGAAUGCUCUUUAGUUAUUUCAGCAAAACAUUUAUUAAAGUUGUUGUACGGCUUGAUAAGUUUUUAUUAAAUGGAUUCACUUAAAUACAAAAAAGA